UUUUUUUUCAUUUUCUUUUUGUCUAGGUCUUAUAUAAUAUAUUAAUUGCCUUCACAAAGAUGCACAAAUUUGAAGACAUAGAGCCCGUGGACAUUCUGGCCGGAUGCGCCCGGUUCGUUGUUGUGGGGGUGGGGGGGGUCUUCUUCGGUGUCGUCUUUGGCUUCAUUUCUGCAUUCAUCACGCGUUUCACUGAGAACAUCUCGGCGAUUGAACCCCUCAUCGUCUUCAUGUUCAGCUACUUGUCCUACUUGGUUGCUGAGACCCUGUAUCUCUCUGGCAUCCUGGCAAUCACAGCCUGUGCGGUGACGAUGAAAAAGUACGUGGAAGAGAACGUGUCCCAGAAAUCCUAUACGACCAUCAAGUACUUCAUGAAGAUGCUCAGCAGCGUGAGCGAGACGCUCAUCUUCAUCUUCAUGGGUGUGUCCACCGUCGGCAAGAACCACGAGUGGAACUGGGCGUUCGUCUGCUUCACCCUGGCCUUCUGCCAGAUCUGGAGGGCCAUCAGCGUGUUUGCUCUCUUCUAUGUCAGUAACCAGUUUCGGACUUUCCCCUUCUCCAUCAAGGACCAGUGCAUCAUUUUCUACAGUGGUGUCCGAGGAGCUGGAAGUUUUUCACUUGCGUUUUUGCUUCCUCUGUCUCUUUUUCCUAGGAAGAAAAUGUUCGUCACUGCUACUCUAGUAGUUAUAUAUUUUACUGUGUUUAUUCAGGGAAUCACAAUUGGCCCUCUGGUCAGGUACCUGGAUGUUAGAAAGACCAAUAAAAAAGAAUCCAUCAAUGAAGAACUUCACACCCGUUUGAUGGAUCACCUGAAGGCUGGGAUUGAAGAUGUGUGUGGACAAUGGAGCCACUACCAAGUGAGAGACAGGUUUAAGAAGUUCGAUCAUAGGUAUUUGCGGAAAAUCCUAAUCCGAAAGAACCUGCCCAAAUCGAGCAUUGUUUCCUUGUACAAGAAGCUGGAAGUGAAACAAGCCAUCGAGAUGGCCGAGGCUGGGGUUCUGAGUUCUGCAGCCUUUUCCGUCCCCCGUCCGGCCCAGAGGAUACAGGAAACCAAAAGACUCUCCCCUGAAGAUGUGAAGUCCAUGAGGGACAUUCUGACACACAACAUGUACCAAGUCCGACAGAGGACCUUGUCCUACAACAAAUACAACCUCAAGCCCCAAACAAGCGAGAAGCAGGCUAAAGAGAUUCUGAUCCGCCGUCAGAGCACCCUGAGGGCGAGCGUGAGGAAGGGCCACAGCCUGCCCUGGGGGAAGCCGGCUGGGACCAAAAACAUCCGCUACCUCUCCUUCCCCUACAGCGAUCCUCAGCGGGCAGGUCGAGAUGCCAGGGUUGCUGACUGCACAGGUAACAAUGACAGUGACUCAGAACUCCCAUCCAGCCCGUUCUACACACCCUCCCGAACAGAGUGGCUUCAGGAAAGACGAGGGACCCAAGGAAUAAUCCCGAUGAAGAGCUUGCCCAGAGGAGGGAAGCUGCCCAGCUUUGGUUCUCAAAGAAAGACGAGCAGAGAUGAGCACGUGGGCGGGGGCGGGAGGGCGGCUUUAAGGCCCGAGCCACUGUGUCACACGGUGCAUGAGGAGCGCGACUCUGGGGAGGACAGUGAGGAGGGGGCCUCAACGGGCGGGUCCCGAUGGUCAGCUGAGCACCGACCCAGCCGGGGACACCACAGGUCCCACAGCCCUUUGCUCCGAAGAAAGUAGCGUUGUGGUCCCCGGGGAUUUUCCUGAGCACUGGGAGCAAACGGGCAGGCGCCGCCAGGUCCUAGCGGGCGCACUUCGUAGAUGAAUUCCCUGCAAGGGAUGGAUGUCAGUCACCCCAGGAUUAUCCCCAAGUGUGUCAUUCAUAUAAUUUAUUGAGAUGCAAGCAUGAUCGGGCAAUAAUUCCCUUCGACUCCAUGCGUGUGUAACUUCCAAUCAAUUUAGAACCAGGGGGAGCUUUGGAAACGACCUGGCCAGACCUCCCCCGCCCCCACACCGUGCUUACAAAUGAGCACACCUUGCCCGGGUCACAGGGUGAGUCCCUGCCUUCUCAGCUCGUUGUCCUCCAUCCCAAGGGAAUACAUUCGGUUUUGAUUUUGGUAUGCACGAUGCAAUGAUGACCUUUCCAGGGCGAGGUACAAUCUGUCAUCACAUUCCUGCAUUUAAUCAGUAGCAGUUGUAGACAGAUGCAGCACACACUACAGGAUGAAUCUGGGGUCUUGCGGUCUGUUUUGUCAUUGGAAUGCUUAUUUUAGAAACAAGCAUUAGAAACGAAACAGCCAUAAACACGCUUUACUAGCAAUGACAGAAACCACAGGCAUUUACUAUAUGUGCAUUUGUAGGGUGUGACUUCUUUCUCUAGGGUCUGAGACUCAUUUCCAGUUUAAUUUUCCAUCUUCAUCAUCCCCUAGACUUGACCUUGAGCCUCACACGCCAGCUCGCCCGCUUUGUGCCUGACUUUCUCUCUCCUCCCUCCUUCCACUCUCUUCCCCUUCCCUCUUUCUGGCCACCCACAGGUGAGCAAGACUUUUUUAGUGCCGUUGAUUGUGCCACGUAAGUAAUCCAUAAUCACCAGUUAUCCAGGCAGCCUUUAUCACCUGCAACAAUUCCUGACUGAUUUAACCCUGUGCAUCUUUAAGGGCCACGAUCCAGUGCUUCCCAGGAGUCCGCAGGCCUGACUUGAU